UGCAGCGGCGGAGCUCUGAGGAUUAGCGGCUGAUCAGACGAUGGUGGCAGCGGAGCAGGACAGAACUGCUGCUGGGCUUCAGACGGUCAGUUCGGUUCUGUUCGGGUCGGGACGGUUUCGGUUCGGUUCUGCUGCUGACAUGUUCGAUCACUCCGACUAUCCGUUCAACUGUUUCAACUAUGACGGGGACGGAUACCCGACCUCUGGGACGGACGAAGACAAGAAGAUAUGCAGACCCGCUUACAGCUUUUCUGUGUGUGGCAGCUACAUCGCUCUGAUCGCCAUGGCGAUCCAGCAGAACCCGGACCAGCGGGUCACUCUGUCCGGCAUCUACGACUUCAUCAUGAGGCGGUUCCCCUACUACCGGUCCAACCAGCGAGCCUGGCAGAACUCCAUCCGGCACAACCUGUCGCUCAACAGCUGCUUCAUCAAGGUUCCGCGGACGGAGGGGAACGAGAAGGGGAAGGGGAACUUCUGGACCUUCGCCGCCGGCUGCGAGUCGAUGCUCGACCUCUUCGAGAACGGAAACUUCCGGCGCCGCCGCCGCCGCCGGAACCCCAAGAUCGGCCUCCGGGACCCGGCUGAGGUUCGGCGAGACCCGGCGGAACGGCGACCGCAGCUGGACUCCGCCCUCCGCGCGCUGCCCCCUGACCGGACCGGCCCACUUCAGAACCGCCGCCAGAAAUCCGAGCCGGAGAUCAAGUUCAGCAUCGAUUACAUCCUGUCCGCUCCGGACCCGCCGCCGGCCGCGUUCAGGACCGGUGCCGGCCCGGUUCGCCUGGGCCCGACCGGGCCGCCGGUUCUGGAGCCUCCGCACCUCAACCUGCACUUCUGGACUCUCUGAGGCCACAGGAGGCGAGACUUGGACUAGGACAGAGAGGUUCUACUGGACCAGCACCGGGACCGGUCCAGAACAUCAGAACUCAGAGUCCCUGUGCUGUCUGUGACGUAACUUCAAUACUAUUUCGCGUGUAAUCGAUAUUCAUUUUAGUCUAACCGUGGUGUGAAGGUGGAACGGGUCGAACCCGGCAGAACUUAUCAGAACCCGGCGAUCAUUUCUGCCGGGAAGGAAAAACCUCGGAGUUUAAAUCAGAAAGAGAAAAAUGAUAAUUCAGUUUUCAUUUUCUUUCAUUUCAUAAAUAAAAAAGUUUAGAAAUGAGAUGAAUUUAAAUUUUAGAGGCAGAAAAGUUCAGACAAAAUGAAAUAAUAAAAAUAUUCUGUUAAUAAAUAAGUUUCUGCUGGAAAACAGUUUAAAGAAACAAACUGUUUCAUAUAAAAGUGAUUUAGAUGCUGAUCUGAAUGGACUCCAAUAAUUUCCUCUUUUGUUCCCAUCAAAGUUCUGAAUGUUCUGGUUCGGCCCGGUUCUGCGGGUUGUUCUGUUUCUGCUCUGAUGACCCAAAUCAUCAUAAAUAUUCUAAACAUGAAAACAGAAAUGAUAGAAAUAUGAGGAAAAUGGAUCCGAGUCGGAAAACAUGAACCCAGAGGUUCAGAUCUCCCAUGAUGCUUUGCCGGUUCGGCCCGCUUGUAGCUCGUGUUCCGUUGACCUUUAUGGCGCCUGAGUGACACCUGAACGGCGGGCGUGACGUCAGCAGGAGGGGCCCGUGGAAACGGGAGCCGAGGAGAUCAAUCAUGGCGUUUCCCAGCUUAACCUUUAGAUCGAGUCUCUCCGCCGUGACUGGCAGCUAAUAACGGGAACAGCGCGGGGUGAGGCCGGCUGACCCAUUUAAAUACCACGGCCCAGACGGCGGCUCCUCCCCCGGCCGCAGGUACCGCCAAACACACCUUCCGCCUGCUGACGGUUCUGCCCGCCAGCUACCCGCCCGGCACCGAGCCUUCAUGGAUCAGCGGCUUUCCAUUAACACAGUUGUUGCUGCCGUGGAUAUAUUUGGAUAAAUUAACUUAGCAUAAAGUGCUGGGAGGCUGCAGGAGUGUUUGCAGGAUGAAAAGUCAGCGCACACAGUGAAGCGUCGAGAAAGCGGCGCCGCUUCCGCCGCUGACGGAAACUCAUAAUUACUUCCAGAGUUUCUGACGUCUGAAUACGAGCAGCUCAUUAUGAGCCGCUGACGGCUACAGCGGCUCCGCUAAAGGGACUGGAAAUUGGGAAACUACUGAUGUGCGACAUUAAUAACAAUAAAUAAUAAACACAAAGAGGUCAUUUAAUCUGCGAUGUUUGGUUUAGGUUUGCUUUUCACCGAGGCUGUGGAGAGAAUCACAGGAAUCAGCUGAAAUAUUGUUCAUAAACUUCCUCAGAGUUCACGUCAUAAAAAUAUGUUUUUAUGUUGAAAUGUCAGCUUUGGUCUCUUCUGCAAAACCUUCAAUUACAUUUUUAAAAAUAAUAUAUA